CAAAAGCAGGUCCGGGUGGCGAAAAAGUGUGCUCCAGCGCAGUCCUCAGACUACUGAUCUUAGGCGCAUUUCCUUCUACCCGCAAAUUCUCGGUUUACGACUUUGCGUCAAACGAAGAGCCGGCCAUUCUCAGUUCCUUCACUGCCACAUUACAUCUCUGAAGUGCAGAGAGGGCUGCAGCCUGACUUGGUCUGACUUGCUCAAUGCACUUGACUGCCAUCCCAUUUUCUCUUUAUUGAGAAAGCGCCAAUCCAGACACACCAACGAUACAAACACUUUUCUUUCAUCAAUCACGUCCCUUACAACAAAUGAACUUGGUUAUGUUUCAUAGCCAAUCGACGAACUGAAACACCAUGGUCAGAACAAGGAGGUCGGCAGCAGCCGAUGAGGAUGAGAUUGCUGUCGCAUCCCCUCAGCUUGAUACGCUGAGUUCGGCGAAGCGACUAGGUGCCCAACGCAACCCGUCGAGCGUGACAUCCGAUUCAUCAACGAUGUCCACCUCGGCCACACCAUCCUUGGGAAGCGGGUAUUCGACGCCUCUUACCAGCAACUCUGCGACGCCGACCCCGUUCGCGGCCAUGCAGCCGUCUUCGGAAAAGCGGCUCACUAGAAUCGAGGUACACCUACCUGCCGCGAAAGCACCUGCAAACCGGACUCUUCGCCAAAGCAUCUAUUCAAUGAACAGCAAGCGCAAGCGGGAUUUUGUCAGUGACAGCGAAGAGGACGAUUUCUCAGACACGUCCCCUGACGCGGUGCUUGCCAGGAGGUUGCAAGCAGAAGAAGAUGCAGCGGCGGUGAGCUCUUCCGCGCCCGUCCCCGCACUUCGCCGCAGCCUGCGAGCGUUGGCGGAGCCGGGUACUUCAGGCGCUACGUGGCCGUCACAGGCAAAGAAUGGCGGAGAUGGUUCAGUCCCCACGGCCUCACCACGUGCAAAGGGCCCAGGCCGUCUGACAGCCGCACGAGCCGCAAGGUCCGGCAGAGCUCUCAACAAGAGGCGUGUCAUCACCAUUUCGGAUUCGGAAGCCGACGAUGGCUCCUCGGCGGAAUCCUCUGAGGAGGAAGACAGUGACGCCUCGGUUCAAAACCCGAAAAUAUCUCGAGUUGCCCUUGCCCGCACAUCGACCCAACCGAAGGUGUUGCCUGACCCACCUCAACGGUCGAACGUCAAGAAGGGGAAGGCACCGCCAGCACUGCAAUCAGAGGAAGAAGAUGAUGACGGUUUCUUGGAAGACAACGAUAGCGACGCCUCUUUCCCCAUUUCCGCUCUCUUGUCUGAUGCUAGUGCCUUCUCAGAUUUGGAGGAAGGGGCCGGAGAUAGUGAUGUCGGCGAUGGCGGUCAAGGAGUUUCUGAAGACAACGAGGACGAUGUGGCGGUUGAACUCUCGGCUAUCCAGCUGGCGCAGAGACGUCGCCGCGCCUAUCGCACCCCUCUCAACCGACGCCGCUUUAAGAGGGACCGACAACGUCUCGAAGAAUAUCACCCAGAGCUUACCACUAUGUGGAAGGAACUGGAGGACAUGCCGAUCCUCAAAGCGGGUAGGGCAGAACAGCCCAAGUCCAUUUCCCGCCAGCUCAAGCCCUUCCAGCUCGAAGGCCUGGCUUGGAUGAUGGCGAUGGAGAAGACGAAGUGGAAAGGUGGCCUGCUCGGAGACGAGAUGGGCCUCGGCAAGACAAUCCAGGCUGUUUCUUUGAUCAUGUCCGACUUUCCGGCCAAGAAGCCCUCGCUGGUCCUGGUGCCCCCGGUCGCCCUGAUGCAGUGGAUGACGGAAAUUGAAGCUUACACGGACGGAACUCUCAAGACACUCGUCCUUCACGGGACUAAUUCCAAGUCCAAGAAUCUCACGAUCAAGGAGUUGAAGAAAUACGACGUUGUUAUCAUGUCGUACAACAGCCUGGAGUCGAUGUAUCGCAAGCAGGAGAAGGGGUUCAAGCGCAAGGAUGGCAUCUUCAAGGAGAAGUCUAUCAUCCACCAGACGGAGUUUCAUCGCGUCAUCCUCGACGAGGCUCACUGCAUCAAGACGCGCACGACAAUGACGGCCAAGGCUUGCUUUGCACUCAAGGUCACAUACCGGUGGUGCCUAUCGGGAACGCCGCUGCAAAACCGCAUCGGCGAGUUCUUCUCGCUGAUCCGUUUCCUCAACGUCCGCCCCUUUGCUUGCUAUCUCUGCAAGCAAUGCCCGUGCUCCACGCUCGAGUGGCAGAUGGACGAGGACAACCACUGCACGGGCUGCGGGCAUGGUGGCAUGCAGCACGUAUCUGUCUUCAAUCAGGAACUCCUCAAUCCCAUCCAGAAGUUUGGCAACCGGGGCAGUGGUGCCGAAGCCUUUAAAAAACUGCGAAUCUUGACGGACCGUAUCAUGCUGCGCCGACUGAAGAAGGAUCAUACCGACUCAAUGGAGCUUCCCGUCAAAGAGAUCAAUGUUGAGCGCCAGUUCUUUGGCGAAGAGGAGAACGACUUCGCCAACAGCAUCAUGACCAACGGUCAGCGCAAAUUCGACACCUAUGUCGCCAGCGGUGUCCUGCUCAAUAAUUACGCCAACAUUUUCGGUCUCAUUAUGCAGAUGCGGCAGGUGGCGGACCAUCCGGAUUUGAUCCUCAAAAAGAACAGCGAAGGCGGACAGAAUAUUCUCGUGUGCAGCAUCUGCGACGAGGCUGCCGAAGAUGCCAUCCGGUCGCGGUGCAAGCAUGACUUCUGCCGCACCUGUGUCAAGAGCUACUUGAACUCGACGUCCGACCCCAACUGCCCGCGGUGCCACAUUCCGCUGUCGAUCGACCUUGAGCAGCCCGAGAUUGAGCAGGACGAGGCCCUGGUCAAGAAGUCGUCCAUCAUCAACCGCAUCAAAAUGGAGAAUUGGACAUCGUCAUCCAAGAUUGAGCUGUUGGUGCACGAGUUACACAAGCUCCGCUCUGACAAUGCGUCGCACAAGUCCAUCAUCUUCUCCCAGUUCACCACCAUGCUGCAGCUCAUCGAGUGGCGUCUUCGCCGCGCCGGCAUCACAACCGUCAUGCUGGAUGGCAGCAUGACUCCUGCACAGCGCCAAGCCUCGAUCAACCAUUUCAUGAGCAACGUCGAUGUCGAGUGCUUCCUCGUUUCUCUGAAAGCUGGUGGUGUGGCACUGAACCUCACCGAGGCAUCCCAUGUAUUCAUUGUCGAUCCCUGGUGGAACCCUGCAGCUGAAUGGCAGUCUGCCGACCGGUGCCACCGCAUCGGCCAGACCCGUCCGUGUACUAUCACGAGACUCUGCAUCGAGGACUCGGUUGAGAGCCGUAUGGUUCUGCUGCAGGAGAAGAAGACGAACAUGAUCAACUCGACAAUCAAUGCCGACGAUGCUGCCAUGGACUCGCUUAGCCCGGAGGACCUGCAAUUCCUGUUCCGCGGGACUUGAUAGCGUCUCGCUUGUGGCGAACUCGGCCGGGGGUUUCCUGCUUCUCUCACGCCUUUUGUUUUUGCUUUGUUCUCUUUGGUGCGAUUCUACGCUUCCGGCUCGCAAAACUGUAUUCGCGUCGUCGGGACGCUGAGAUGUUGGGAGCCGAUGGAUGGAAUACCAGAGAUACGCUGGGGCUAUGGAAUCGCGAUGGAUGGUAUAGAGACCGUCUUCGCGCCGCUGACUCGGUUAUGGUUGAACUUGAUCUGUGUUGGCGCCAGGGGACACAGAAACUGGGACACAGUAGCUGUGACUUUGCUGAGUUGCUUUUGCUGGCUGAUCAAGCUAUGUGUAUAUAGCAGAAGCUAUCGUAUCCCACCACGAACUGGAUGAUUUGCAAGAUUCUUCCAUCAAGCCAGUGGAAGUAAGUUGUCUCAGAUGCACUUCAACCCUGGUGUAUUC